UACCAGUCUCUCUACCGCCGCUACCGGCCCCAGAAGUUCUCCGAGAUCAAGGGCCAGGACCACGUCGUGAGGGCCCUGCAGAGCGCGGUGCGCGAGGAAAAGGUCGGUCACGCCUACCUGCUGCAUGGCCCCCGGGGCAGCGGCAAGACCUCUACCGCGCGGGUCCUGGCCAAGGCGCUGAACUGCACCGACCUCGGCUCCGACGGCGAGCCCUGCUGCGCCUGCGAGUCCUGCGUGUCGAUAAAGCAGGGCCGGUCGUUCGAUCUCCAAGAGCUCGAUGCCGCCUCCAACAACAAGGUCGACGACAUGCGGGCCCUGCUCGAGCGGGUCAAUCUGACCUCGCCGGGCCGGGCCAAGGUGUACCUGCUCGACGAGGUUCACAUGCUCACCGCCGGCGCAGAGAACGCGCUGCUCAAGACCUUGGAGGAGCCUCCCUCCCAUGUCACGUGGGUGCUGGCCACCACCGAGCCCCACAAGGUGGUGCAGACCAUCCGGAGUCGCUGCCAGGUGUUCGAGCUCGGGCUGAUCCCAUCCGACAUCAUGUCCGACCUCAUCCGGUACGUCGUCGCCGACGCCGAGCUGGACGUGGACGACGCAGCCAUCGACCAUGCCGUGGCCGCAGGCGGCGGCUCGGCGCGCGACACGCUCACCGCCCUCGAGCGGGUGGUGGCCGGCGGCGGGACAACCGACCUCGACUCUUCCACCGACGCCAUGCUCGGGGCUCUGGCCGAAGGUGACCGGGCCGCCGCGCUGUCUGCGGUGGGCGACGCCGUAGGGCGGGGGCGGGAUCCGCGAACCAUCGGCGAGAUGGUGCUGGCCGGACUGCGGGACGCCUUCCUCACCGCGAUGGGCGAUCCACCGGCGCGCCUGUCCGAGCAUGAGCGGGCCAGAGCCGCCGACCUCGCCAGUCGCAUGGCGCCCGCGGCGAUGACGCGGGCGCUGGAGACGCUCGGCCGGGCUCUGAUCGACAUGCGGCAGGCGCCCGAUCCGCGGGUCGACAUCGAGGUGGCGCUCGUCCGGCUCUGCCACCCGGACGAGGAUCGCUCUCUAGAAGCGCUGGCCCAGCGAAUACAGCGGCUCGAGACUCGCCUCGACGGCCUGCCUGCCUCCGCGCCGGCGGCUGCGCUUCCAGCGCCGGGUCGCCCGGCGGUGCCAGCCGCGCCCGCACAUCACGAUGAGGCCCCGGACCCGCCGGCGGCCGCGGCGCCGGCCGCGGCGGCGCGGCGGGCCUUGUCGGAGCAUCGGGCCUCGGCUCCUGCGGUGUCAGCUGCGCCCGCGGCCGCGCGGGUCCCUGCUGCCGGUCCGGCCGCGGCGGCGCGGCGGGCCUUGUCGGAGCAUCGGGCCUCGGCUCCUGCGGCGUCAGCUGCGCCCGCGGCCGCGCCGGUCCCCGCCGGUGGCCCGAUUGCACCGCCACCGCCGGUGCCGGUGCCCGAUCUGGCGUCGAUGCGCCCCCGGAGCCCGACCGAGGUGGUGGAUCUGGCCCGCAGGCACCUGGGCCUGGAGCGGACCUUCGUGGUGGCCAGAGCGGUUGAGCUGGAGCCGAGCCAGGAGCGUCGGCGCGACCCCGCACAGCUGCACGCCCUGUGGAGGGACCUCCUGGAGCGUGCGGUGAAGGCGAGCCCGGAGCUGGAUUCGCCCGUGCCAGAGCCUCCGACCGAUGUGCCGGAGCCGGAUCGCCCGUGCCGGAGCCUCCGACCGAUGCGUCCGAGCCUGCAUUGGCAUUCGACCCCGCAUCGGUGGCCGACCCCGCAUGGCAUCGAGCCCUCUCGGUGCCGAGCCUGCAUCGGCAUCCGACCCCGCAUCGGUGGCCGAGCCUGCAUCGGCGUCCGAGCCCGCAUCGGCUCCGACCCCGCAUUGGCAUCCGACCCUGCAUUGGCAUUCGACCCUGCAUUUGCAUCCGAGCCUGCUCGGUGGCGAGCCGCAUUUGCAUCCGACCUGCAUCGGUGGCCGAGCCUGCAUUUGCUCCGAGCCUGCAUCGGUGGCCGAGCCUGCAUUGGCAUCCGAGCCUGCAUCGGUGGCCGAGCCUGCAUUGGCAUCCGAGCCUGCAUCGUGGCCGAGCCUGCAUUGGCAUCCGAGCCUGCAUCGGUGGCCGAGCCUUUGCCGCCGGCUGACUCAGAUGCCCGGUUCGGGCCGCCUGACUUCGACGCAGAAAUGGACAGCUUCGACCUCUACGACCUGGAGGCCCUCGACGAGGCGCCGAGCCACGCCGAUGACAUCGAACAGAAGAUCAAGGCCGCGUUCCCCGGCACCGAGUUCGCGGUCCUACCGACCCGACGCCGACGGCGACCAGGGCGGAGCCGGGGCGUAGUGCGAGUGGCGACAUGA